GCGAGGUGCUCCCGUACACACGGCAACUGACUUUUACUAGGAGAUUAUCCGUACACACAGCAACUGACUUUCGCCGUGGGCAUCCGCUGCGGAGGCGGAGGUGUGGCCGCAGCGGCAGCCGAACGCGGUGGUCUUCGAGCUCGGGUCAGCGGCGGAGUCCGGCACCGCCGUGACGGCGGAAUAUAUCAGUGAGAAACGAGCUCUGGGCCUACGAAUUGGUCCGGGGGGGCUUGCCUGAAAAAGGAGCUACUGAUAACUAACCAGGGGCUUCAGUAGUUCAGUUAAUAAUACUCGAGUGUCCUUCCCACUUUCGCUCCGCUCGGACGAGCGCCGCCCGCCAUGGACAGUUCCUCCCCGCUCUUCCCCCGCUUCCAAUCUCGUCGCGUUAAUCACCUUCCAAUUCCAUCAACACGGGAAAUCGGAGGCUUUCACACCCCUGCUCCAGAUUAUUUCGACUUGGAUCCCCAUUUUUCCAGACACGGAGUUCGAGUUCUUAGUUUCCACGCGAAAUACCCAGCGCCAUCUCCUCGCCGGCUCUGCAGCCUCGUCAGAGUAGCCGAUGGAGAUAGAUCUGACCCGGGACGGCCGCGACGGCGACGCGGAGAGGAGUGCCGCCCCGCAGAGUGACCGCGCCGUCCGUGUGGAGGUCGUCGCCCAGGAGGGCAACGGCGCCGGUGGCAUGGUGGCCACUGCGGAGGGCAGCGACUGCGCUGCCCUGGAGACGGUCGGCGUUGGCGCCGAGGAUGUCUGGAUCUGCCACCAGGUGAGAGCUCCCCUCCUCCCUUUGCCAUUUUUUCCUGAGAGAAUUCAGGAGACGCCAGGCCGACUCACGAGGCGAUACCCAAUCGCAAACCCUAGCUACACUCUUGGACCUUCGACUCACUCCUCGCCGCCGUCCCCGUAUUGCUGCUCUGGAUGCCUCGUGGUGGUCAAUGGCGGCGGUGGGUUGGCUAGGCGCUUCUCGGCAGGGCUGCAGCGGCGACGGGUGGCUCCACCGGUGGUGGGAGCAGCCAGCGUGCGUUGCGCCGGGCGCCCACCGAAAAUGGCGGGCCUUGGCGUUCCAGACUUCCAGCUGUGCGCUGGCAAUGCAACUCUGAUAUGGCCGUGCGCAGUUCUGCAGUUCUGCUGGUGGCCCCUGCCAUGGCAGCACCUGUGCCGCUUGGCAGCUUAGGGGUGACUUCUCAGGCGGCUUGUCUCCCCGCCGUGGGCAUGGUGAGAGUGUGGCCUUGACGUGCUGCCGACGGGUGUCCUGGUGAGGCUAGAGGUCUGAAUGGAAGCGGUUGGCAUGGGAGCUCGAGGCGAGGAUGAACGGUGCUUGGUUGUGGUGAUGAGGUCCCUUGGUCCGGGCGAUAGCCCUGCCUUUCAGGGUUGGCGACGCUGAUGUCUGAGGGCCUUGUCUUUUUUCCUUUGAGGCGUCGGCGUGGAGUUUCAGCGCCUCUCCCACACCGGGGUUUCGUGUUCCUGGUAAAAACCUCAGAUUUGGCUUGCUGGAUCGGGCACCAUCGCCGUCUAUAUUUCUUGGAGAUCUCGUUUUGGAGCCUUGACUCUCUGGUUUGGGACCGGAUGGAUCUCGGUGUUGGGUGCAGCUUUAGGAGGUAGGCCUGUGGGUUCUGCCGCAGACUUGGGCAUUUCAGCUGCAGGUCUAGUUGGACAUGUAAGGUUUCGCCUGGUUUGCGGUGUCCUGGACGUGGGCAUUUCGGCUGCAGGUCUGUCCUGGUGGCCUAGUUGUGCCCUUUGCAGAACUGGAAUCAUUGUCCUGGUAGUGAAGGUUUCUCCUGGUUUGCAGUGUCAUGGACAUGGGUAUGGAAGGCAUCUAGGUUAGUGUCGUGUAGUUGAUGCAUCUGUGUAAUGUCCAUUUAGCAGUGGCACACGUAAAUUACUCUUUCCAUUGCACCGAGACGCAAAGCUUUUGCGCUUUGUUGAAAAACAAAAGCAAAUUCGGGACGGGAGGCCCCUACCUUGAUUUUCGUUAAAACGUCGAGCCAAAAACUUGGAUGGUAUCUAAAAGAUUUACAAACACCAAAUCAAAGAACCGCACAGAUCAGAGAGGAGAGGGGAAAGAACAAGGGGAGACGACUGAAGAAUCCUUUAUGCCAUGGAUCUGAUUUUGUUAAGACAGGAUGCAUUUAACACAACUUCCUGACCGAGUGACCGAGAAAUCUAUGAUAACUUCAAUGUAAUCCUGCAACUCUAGUAACCCACUUCAUUGGACAAUCAAGGAGGGAAAUUGGUCUGAAGUUACUUAGGGUUGUUGUCAUUAUCUUUUUUCCUUAAAAAAAAUCAUGUAAGAUCUUUUUAUCCUUUCUAGUUGUCCACCCGGAUUAUAUGCCAUAAAUCCUGAACAAAAAACAGAACUGGAUCCAUCCGGACGUAGCUCCUGCUCCCUCUCGCUUCUGCUCAAUGUAUCUUCGUUUCAUCUCUUCUGUGUUUCUAUUCCUCAGUGCCGAGAGAAAAACAGGGCUCACGGCAGCUUGCAGAGGGUUCAAGAAGAAUGGCAAGUGCCGUCUCAGAUACUGCAAGAAUUGCAUAUGUAACAGGUACCCUUUGAUUGCGGAUGAGGUGUUGAAGGAGGAAGCCUGGGAAUGCCCCAAGUGCAGGAAUGACUGCAACUGCAGCAAGUGCAAAAAGAGAAGAGGGGAGGAGCCGGCAGGGCCAAUGGUCCAUGCUGUCAAGAGACUGAAGGGCAACCCGCGGAGAAUUGAGAGCACCGUUGCUCGCAAGGAUGAAAUAGUCGUACCCAAGGGUACUCUUGUGAAUUGCAUUGCAGGUGUAGAGAUGCAGCCUGAAGAUGUUGGUGCUGCCAUUCAAUUUUUGGAGUUUUGUCGCUCAUUUGGCGAGAUCUUCCAAAUAACGAAGGGGCAAGCAGAAAAAAUUGUCAAAGACAUAACUGGAGAUCGUCAACUCCGAGAGGUGUCUUCAGUUGUUGCUGAGCUUCACGCAAACCUGUUGUCUGUCAUAGAAAAUGGCAAUUACAAGCCUUUAAAAUAUCCAAGACAUGGGGAUGCAUGGAUAAGAAAACUCGGCAGAUAUAUCACUGACUCGACAUUACACGCAAAAGAUUUCACCCUUGAGUGCUUAAGCCAUGGGCUGUUUGGAUAUAAAAAUUUGUCCCCUUCCCGUAAGCUGGAUGUGCUGAAUUCUCUGUGUGAUGAGGCAUUAUCAUCUGAAAAGUUGAGGACCAGGAUUGAAGGUAGAGAUUAUGUGGCUAGACAAAAGAUCCGUGUUGCAACUGAGAAGGAAAAGGAGCUAAAAGAAAGACACAAUGACAUGGCUAAAACAAUGGGAGGGGAAAUCGCUGGCAAUGAGGAAGCUAAUAAUAUCUUCUGUCAAAUAAAGGAGGCAAAAGAAGUCAAGCAGGCAGCCAUGAAUGGUCUCGUCGUCCAUGGAGAAAUGAUAACCGGGUGUGAUGGUAUUCAUUUCUAUGGUGAAUAGACUACUCCAGAUGACAGUUUCUCUGUAGGAAAGGUAUACAGCUGCAGAACAACCAUCAUUUCUCGCAGAUUAGGUCACAUCAUUUGAAAAAAAAUAUUGUGGCAUGCUUUUUCGCCCCCAUGGGAACACAGCAAAACGUUGUAGCCCCUUGUAAUGUAUUUUCCCCGGGAUGUUUUGAAAUUGAGCAAAAGCUAGAGGAUGCAGCUUUGCUGAAAUUUAUCAUUAGCAUCCGAAUGUCGUGCAUCCAAAUUUUCCUGCGGUGUCGUAUUAUUGAUCUUUCGAUAGGAUUAUUUCCAGUCUCGAGCAUGAAAGAUCAAUAAUAUUAUGGCGAUCCA